AUGGAUCUUCUGGCUCUUUGGACUGGUGUCCUGGCUGUCAUCUUCGUCAAGCUGUCGCUUGUCGAGGGCACGCCACAACCGACGAGACAAUGCGCCCCGAUCCAAAAGGGGAGUUUCACGAUUCAGCAAUACCAACUUUAUCCCGAAAAUGCAGACUGGGACGUUGAAAAUUGCAUCUUAUACUUUGGGUACGUCUCCUCUGGCAAGCCUAGCAGUAGUAUUGCUGAAACAACUGUCAGGUCCUUGUUCAACGCCAGCGUAGCCGUUUACGAUCCAUAUAAGGAAAAGACGAUUGACAUCAUAAUGUUCGAUGGCAUCACGCAUAAUCCCAGCUUACACAUAGGCGGCGUGCAAGUUGAUCCGCAUACCAAGCUCGUCUCCAUCGUAGUCGAUGCCGCUGCACCUUUCAACACAGGUGGGCGAGACAUAUCGGGCGACAACUUUAUCAUCAAGUACGAUGCUGCCAAGAAGCGGGUGCUAUGGAACAAAAACAUUACUUCUGUGUCCAAGGGCCAGUACGCUGGCUUCCAGGACAUUGGGCACGACCCACGCGGAAACACAUACAUCGUCGGUUCGUUUCCAGGAACCAUCUUGAAGGUGGACCGCGAGGGCUCUGCCGUCGUUCCUUGGUAUCUACCUGCGAAAGUCAACCACACCAAGAUCGGCUUCUCGGGGCUCGCUGCAACUGGGAACAUUCUUCUCUCCAACAGCAACGAGGAUUUCGAACUUUAUCGGUUCGAUAUGAAAGCCGAAAAAGGCAGUCCCGUGCUUGUCCCUAGAUCGCCGAACACGGCACUGGCUAUGACCGACGCUAUAUACUUGCCGCCAGUAUACGGCAACAGGGUGCUUCUCGUGGCCGAAAACACCAAGGGAAUUACCGUCCUGCGCUCUAAAGAUGGGUCGUGGCAGUCAGCAGAGCAUCUAGGCACCGUGCCAAAUGACUCCCCUCUGGCACAAGGAGGCACUGUUACUGCCGCAGUGCAAGUCGGCAGCAGUAUCUACAUGGUUGAGGAGUUCUUUGCGGACCCUCCUGUCAUGGGAUCGACUGCCGGGAAUAGGUCAGCUUUCCCCAUGGUCGACAUCACCUCACAGGUUGAAGACCUCCUGAAGAGAUAA